GAGUGGAAUGGGUUUAGUUCGACUUAUCACCUCGUUGAAUAAAGAUAUAUCCAAGUGAAAAUUAAUUGCAAUUGCAAGAAAAAAUGAUUGCAAUCGCGUUGCUGGUGUUUUUAGUGGUGACCGGAUUGGUGAAGUAUUUCCUUCACAUGCGGCACUUUGAAAGUUAUGUAAAACACGUGAAAAUGGGUAAUCGAUCGUUUCCCUUUGUGGGCAAUGCGUGGUCAUUAAUCGGAAAAUCGACAGCGAGCUUAUUCAAAGAAAUUGUCGAAGUGACAAAGCUAAAUGGAACCCCAUUGAAGGGCUAUAUGGGACCAGCGUUGGUUAUUUCAUUGGACAGACCUGAGGACAUUAAAACGGUCCUAAUGUCACCAAAUUGUCUCGAUAAACCCUAUUUAUAUCAAUUUUAUCCGAGACCAUGUGGAAUUUUAAACGCACGAUCCGGUGCAUUCUGGAAACCGAUUCGAAAGCUGAUGAAUCCAUCGUUCAAUUUGAAGAUUUUGCAAUCGUUUGUGCCGAUUUUCAAUGAGAAAACACAAACUAUGCUUAGUAAAUUGGACAACGAAGUUGGAAAUAAAAAUUUUGAUAUUUUGCCAUUCAUGAACUGCCUAACGCUGGAUAUGGUCUGCGCGACAACAAUGGGCUUUAAUAUUAAUUCGCGUGAUGGAAACAGCGCAUUUCUGCAUAGCAUUGAAGCUUUCUUUGACAUCGCUGCUAAACGUAUCAUGAAAUUUUGGACUCAUUUGGAUAUUAUCUACCGAUGGACGGACUUGUACAAAGAAGAAAAAGUGCACUUGGAAAACCUGUUUAAUCUCACAAACGAGAUAUGUGAAGCCAAGAAAUUGCAGUUCAUUUCUGCAAAUCGAAUCGCUGAGCAGAAAAUUGACGAAGAUUCCGAGGAAACAUAUAAAACGCCACAAGUGUUGAUUGAUCAAUUGUUGCAAUUAUAUUUUACUGGAAAACUUGACGAUAAAAUUAUUCGAGAUCAAGUCGAAACGAUUGUAAUCGCUGGAAAUGAAACUACCGCUUUAUCGCUUUCAUAUAUCACAUUGUUGCUUGCAAUGUAUCCAGACGUGCAAGAAAAGGUUUAUAAUGAGUUGCAUUCGAUGUUUGAAACACAAGACGAGAAAAUGACUUAUGAACAUAUCCAAAGAUUACCAUACUUAGAUCGCGUCAUUAAAGAAGGUUUACGAAUUUUACCCGUGGUACCAUUCAUGAUGCGUACAGCCACUGCCGACACACAAAUCACCGAUUGUACAAUACCAAAGGAGGCAUUCAUUUUAAUGAGCAUUUUUAAUUUGCAUCGGCGACAAGAUCUUUGGGGUGAUGAUGCUGAAGACUUCAAUCCGGAUCAUUUCUUACCCGAAAAUGUCAGCAAGCGGCAUCCAUUCGCCUUUUUACCAUUCUCCGGAGGUCUGAGAAAUUGCAUAGGUUACAAUUAUGGGAUGAUCUCGAUGAAAGUGGCCCUCUCGUCAAUGUUGCGCCGCUAUAAAUUCACGACCGAUUUAAAAUUAUCGGACUUGGAAUUGAAAUUUGAAUUAACGUUAAAAGUCAGUAACCAUCAUAUGGUAGGCAUGGAGCGGCGUGUUUGUUUAAUUUUAUUAUCAAUUUUGCUGCUCUUCGGAGUUGUGAAAUACAUUUUGCACAUGCGUCACAUGGAAAGUUAUGUGAAACAUUUGCACAUCAAACAGCCUGUCUAUCCGUUACUCGGAAAUUCACUGGAAGUUGUUGGAAAAACACCACAAAAGCUAUUUGUUGAGCUUGUUGAUUAUGUUAAAGAAAAUAGUACACCAUACAAAUCAUAUUUUGGCCCAGUUCUAGUAAUUACGAUUGAUCGACCAGACGAUUUUAAAACGAUUCUUAUGAAUAAUAAUUGCCUGGAUAAACCGUAUUUCUAUGGAUUCUAUCCAUCUAAAGUUGGUCUUAUGAGUGCGACAUCAUCCGCAAUUUGGAAACCAAUUCGAAAGCUGAUGAAUCCAUCCUUCAAUCUCAAGAUUUUGCAAUCAUUCUUUCCGAUUUUCAAUGAAAAAACCAAAAUUCUCGUUGAAAAUAUUGAACGCGAAUUGGGAAAGCCACAUUUUGAUAUCAAUAAGUACACAAGUGCUUGCACCUUGGACUUGGUUUCAAAAACAACAAUGGGAUACGAUGUCAAUGUGCAACGUAAUCAAAACCAUGAUUUCCUCCAGGGUAUUGAGGCAUUUUUCGAUAUCGUCGGUCAACGUUUCAUCAAAUUUUGGACACAUUUGGAUUUUUUGUACCGAUGGACGGCUUUAUACAAAGAGCAACAAAAGCAUUUGAAUAAUUUCCAUAAAUUAACAAAACACAUUUAUCGUAUCAAAAAAGAGGAGUUCAUUACACAGAAUAAAUAUAAGUUAAUAGAGGAAAGUGAUUCAGGUGAAGUGUAUGGAAAACCACAGAUUUUAAUUGAUCGACUACUUAGUUUAGUCCAUGAACGUAAAAUCGAUGAUCAAACGGCUAUUGAAGAAGUUGAAACCAUGUUGAUCGGCGGCACGGAGACAUCAGCGUUAACUACAUCAUACGUCGUUUUGCUAUUGGCAAUGUAUCCAGAAAUUCAAGAACGGGUUUAUGAUGAAUUGAAGACCGUUUAUAAGACACAGGACGAAGAUACGAGCUACGAACAUCUUCAGAAACUAAGCUAUUUGGAUCGAGUUAUUAAAGAAAGUUUACGAUUACUUCCGGUCGGUUCAUUUCUUGUACGACGUGCCAUAGGCGAUGUUGAAAUAAGCAAUUGUACAAUACCGAAAGAUAGCUAUGUGCUAUUGUCGAUUUUUAAUUUGCAUCGGAGAGUCGAUAUUUGGGGCAAGUCAUCCGAUCAAUUUAAUCCCGAUAAUUUCCUGCCUGAAAAUGUUUCGAAACGACAUCCAUUUUCCUUCAUUCCAUUUUCGACGGGACCUCGUAAUUGUAUUGGUUAUCUAUAUGGAACGAUGUCAGUGAAGACGAUGCUAUCAGCGAUUUUACGUCAUUAUAAAUUCACGACAAAUUUGAAACUAUCAGAGCUAGAGAUGCGAUUCGCAAUUUCGACGAAAUUGUGCAAUGGACAUAUGGUCGGUGUGGAGAAACGUGUUUGGUAGCGCAAUCAAUGACGUUUCCAACGCAUUGUUCCUGUGAUAUUUGACCUUUUUCAUCGAAUUGAAUGAUUUUAUCGCGAUUUAAUGACAUGUAAACAAACAAUUAAAUGAUAUUUUAACCCA